UGAGUUUGUGUUGCUCGCCGGCAGCUAAAGGGUUUCUGACUUGGCGUUACGGCGAAGCAGGCAGCGAGGCGAAAUCAACCUGCGUGCUCAAAUUGGAAUGGCUUACUGGCCGAGGCUGUUGUCGGCAGCCUCUGGGCAGCGUAGACUGGUACACGGAGUUUGGGAUGCACGGCGCUGGACAGCAGUUGCUUAUAAAGUUUCAUCUCUCGCGUGCAGCAGCGGCGUUCAUGUGCACUUGCCUAAAAAUCAAAGAAAGAUUUUAAGCUGCCUAAAUGUCUCCUUGUUCCAUCGGAUGUUUUCUAAGCCACCUAAAGGUUUUGAAAAGUAUUAUUCAAAGAAUGAAAAAGCACCUGAGACAAAAGGACCUGCAAGAGAAGCAAAAGAUGUAAAAGGUAAUGAGCAGGAGUUAAAAGGAAGUGGUGGUGGCAGCAGUGGAAAAGAAAAUUCGGGAGGCAGUAAAAGGGGGGGAAAGCAACAGAAUUCAAGCUGGUGGAGUCGUAUUCAGAAGGGUGAUUUCCCUUGGGAUGAAAAGGAUUUUCGCUAUUUAGCCAUUAUGAUUGCAGGAUUUUCUUCAGGCUUUUUAUAUUUCUACUUCCGAGACAGUGGAAAAGAAAUUACUUGGAAAGAUUUUGUUCAUUACUACUUGGCUAGAGGCCUGGUAGAUCGUUUAGAAGUGGUGAAUAAGCAGUUUGUCCGUGUUAUCCUUGCUCCUGGUGUCUCCUCAUCAGAAGGGAGCUAUGCGUGGUUUAACAUUGGCAGUGUGGAUACUUUUGAAAGGAAUCUGGAAACAGCUCAGUUGGAGUUAGGAAUUGAACCCUCUCAUCGUGUUGCAGUGGUAUACAGCAGUGAAAGUGAUGGUUCUUUUGCCAUGAGCAUGAUCCCAACAUUGCUGCUUAUUGGCUUCCUUUUAUUUACGCUUCGUCUUGGACCAAUGGGAGCAGCGCGUGGAGGUCGAGGAGGAGGAGGUGGCCUCUUUAGCAUGAGUGAGUCAACAGCUAAAAUGAUGAAGGACAACAUCAGUGUUAAGUUCAAGGAUGUAGCUGGCUGUGAGGAGGCCAAAAUUGAGAUUUUGGAAUUUGUGAAUUUUCUAAAAAAUCCUCAGCAGUACCAGGAUCUGGGAGCAAAAAUUCCAAAGGGAGCAGUACUCUCUGGUCCUCCAGGAACAGGAAAAACUCUUCUAGCUAAAGCAACAGCUGGGGAAGCCAAUGUGCCUUUUAUUACUGUUAAUGGAUCUGAAUUCCUAGAAAUGUUUGUUGGUGUUGGACCAGCUAGGGUUAGAGACAUGUUUGCAAUGGCAAGGAAGAAUGCACCCUGCAUCUUGUUCAUUGAUGAAAUUGAUGCUGUUGGACGCAAAAGAGGGCGUGGAAAUUUUGGUGGACAGAGUGAGCAGGAGAACACUCUUAAUCAGCUGCUGGUAGAGAUGGAUGGUUUCAACUCAAGCACAAAUGUUGUAGUUCUUGCGGGAACCAAUAGACCGGAUAUCUUGGAUCCAGCUCUGAUGAGACCAGGAAGAUUUGACCGACAGAUUUAUAUUGGUCCACCAGACAUCAAAGGAAGAGCUUCUAUCUUCAAAGUACAUCUUCGUCCUCUAAAGCUGGAUUCACAAAUUGAGAAAGAUGCAUUAGCGAGAAAACUUGCAACCCUUACACCUGGCUUCACUGGAGCGGAUAUUGCUAAUGUGUGCAAUGAAGCUGCUCUGAUUGCUGCAAGGCAUCUAAAUGAGUUCAUACUUUCAAAACACUUUGAGCAAGCCAUUGAGCGUGUAAUUGGAGGUCUGGAAAAGAAGACCCAGGUUCUUCAGCCAGCUGAAAAGAAAACUGUUGCAUAUCAUGAAGCUGGGCAUGCUGUUGUUGGCUGGUUUUUGGAACAUGCUGAUCCUUUGCUCAAGGUUUCUAUUAUUCCAAGGGGGAAAGGUUUGGGGUAUGCUCAGUACCUUCCCAAAGAGCAGUACUUGUACACCAGGGAGCAGCUAUUUGAUCGCAUGUGCAUGAUGCUCGGUGGGCGUGUUGCUGAGCAGAUCUUCUUUGGAAGAAUCACCACAGGUGCUCAGGAUGACUUGAAAAAGAUUACUCAGAGUGCUUAUGCUCAGGUUGUCCAGUUUGGUAUGAGCGAUAAGAUUGGUCAGGUUUCUUUUGACCUUCCCAGACAAGGGGAGAUGGUAUUGGAAAAGCCCUAUAGUGAAGCAACUGCACAGCUUAUUGAUGAAGAGGUCCGCUGCCUCAUUAACUCUGCUCAUGAAAGGACACUGAAUCUUCUUACUGAAAAGCGGGAGCUUGUUGAAAAGGUGGGAAAGAGGCUAUUGGAGAAGGAGGUUCUUGACAAAGCUGAUAUGCUAGAAUUGUUAGGCCCGCGGCCUUUUUUGGAGAAGUCUACAUAUGAGGAGUUUGUGGAGGGAACUGGAAGUUUUGAAGAAGAUACCACUUUACCAGAAGGACUAAAGAACUGGGACAUAGAGAAGAGCAAAAAACAAUUUGAUCCACCAGCAAUGACACAAGAGAAACAGGCAGUGUAAUUGGACACAAAAGAUAAAGAAAAAAUAAAAGAAUCAGCGAACACCACUGCCCAUGUUUAUAUUGUGUCAGUAUAAGACAUUUUUUUUGAUGUUCUGUUGAGCAUAUUAAAGGAAUGUGCAUUACAUUGUUUUUAAAGUUACAUAAUAAUACAUUGGGCAGGACAUCAUUCCAAAUGUGGCCACAGUGUAGCAAUGGAGUACAUUUGAAUGUAAUAUAUAUUUUUUUUUUGGCUUCUUUGUAAACAGGAUUGAUUGCUCAUUUAGAGUAAUUUUACAGGAAUAUUGUUGUAGGCAAAGGGUUUUUAAAACAGCUAGAUAAAAAUAUUUCUCUUGUAAUGCAGUUUUACAGUAUUAACAGAGAUAAAGGUAAAAUUGUUCAUUUAAAAGAAAAUUAAUUUUACAGAUGAACCUACGUAUCACUAAGACUUUGAUGUUGUUUUACAUGAAAGAAAAUAUGAGCUUCUUGUCUUUGUUCAAAUGUACUUCAUUGUAAAAUGUAUGCAGUGUAACCAUAGCUAUAAUAUUUGCAUAGCAUUUUGGUUAAUUUAUAUACUGAAACAGGCAAAGGCAAAGUUCAUACCAUUUUUUGACAGUUCUUUUUAGCAUUCCAUAGGAUAGAUAAAUUAUUUAUUAUUAGCUCUAUAGAUAUUUUAAUUAUGUACAGUAUUUGGAAAGAUAUUUACUUUUUCCAUCCAGUAUCUAAUGACUUGUAAUUUGAAAGCCAUAAUGCCUUAUAUUUAAGAAUAUGUCAGUAAUUCACUUUUUCUAGUACUUUUAUUAACAGUUUCAGUUUCCUUGACUAUUUUUGACACUAGAGGGAGAAGUCGAAACCAAAGCAUACAAUCAUUGAGAAUAUUUUGUGCUUUAGAGGCAGAAAAUCCAGUUAAAUUUCUAAUGAUAUUCCUUCUUAUGUAAUUAUUCUUGGUCAAUCAUGUCUAUAUAUUCUGAUGGCAGUAUUUUAUGAUACAACCACAACAAGAAAAAAAAAAUCGCUUGUCUAAACUUUAGUUGCAUAGUAUAAAUUCAUCAAAACAAUGAUAAUUAAAUAGAAAACAUGACUUCGGUGGGCAUUCCAAAAUUAGAUGGUAGAAAAAAACUAAUCAUUUCUUUGAUUUGGCCCACUUCAGUUUUUCUUUACACUGGAGAAUUUUUGUUUCAGUCAUCUGUUGUUUGGUGAAAAGUCUUUGACUGAUAUUGUUGAUUUGAAUUUGCAGUUAGUGUCUUGAAUCUAAAGGCCCUUUUGUAAUUUUGCUUCCUGGUAGCUCAGGGAAGUGCCCUCCUUAUCCCAGUCAAACCCAAUUGAUGUGCCGGGCAAUUACUGGGUUAGCUGCCCUUCCAUAUAGUCAGCAGAACUCCAGUAUUUCCUCACUGGAUGGACUCAUCAGGCCAGAAGUGAUUCUCAAAUGAAGGUACAAGUCUGGGGACAAUUCAUAGAAAAAUUUGUAAUUAAUUAACAAGGAAAUCCACUGCUGACAAGACUGCGCCCACAGAGCUCCUUACUAAAGAUCCACCCACAAGUCCUUCAGACUGUACACUUUAAGCGUUCAGGUUUGCAAUGUCAGAUUUCUACUCAUGCAUUAAACAAAUAUAUUAAAUUAACUUUCUCUUGGGGAGAGAGAAAAGCAAAAUGAAAAGAAAACUUGAUUCUGAGGGAAAAUACAAAGGUAAAAUUCAAUUUAGUUUUCAAUUCAGAAGCUCAGUAGCACAAGGAGUUUGUAUUUUGUAAUGAAUGCAGAGACAGAAGCGACAGACAGACAGACACACACACUUAGACCUCUGCAGGUACUACCUGGCCCCAUGCAAUAUCAUUUAACUGUAGCAUCACUGCAUGUUGUAACAACAGCAAAUACAGUUUAGUAAACAUUGUGUUCUGUAGAUAUAAAAUGUGUUAAAAUUCUGCAGCUAUAUUCUGGUUUGACAUGUUUGUAUUUCCAAGUACACAGUAAUAUGAACUUCCUUUAGUUAUUCGUUUAUACAUGCAGUCAGAAUUGGAAUUCUGUGCAGCCUCAGGAAUGGUCCUGCUGUCAUUAGGCACAUUUACUAGUGUAUGUGUUUUGAGUGCCAAAAUAGCAUUUCCUGUUAAAUCAUUAGCUCUCUUAACGCUAGUCCUUUUCACCUCCUUUUGGGUGAGGUACAACACACUGUUUACUUGACUUAAUAUUUUGCAAUUCAUAUUUUCGUGAACAUAGCUGUCAGUUCUUUCAAACAUACAUCCUACACUUUUGCCUAUAUGUGAACAACAGCAACAAUGUAUCAUUCACUUUUAAUUAACUUUAAAUUUCAAAGUAUAAUGCAAUUUUACAGAAAAGUUUAUCCUUGCAACAGGUUAUGUGUUUUUGUAACACGUGCAGUGUACUGAUGCACAUUUAUGUCUUUCAGAAGACUUUUUGGUUGUAGACAGUUCAGUAAUCAGAAGCUUUCUCAGUGUUGGAGCAGAUUAACAAGACCAUCAUUGCUCGCCGCAGUUCAAAAUCACUGCUCGUACUCUGAGUGCUGCCUUUAUGAGACAGUGGAUAGGUUUAGAAAUGUCACAUGUUUAAUGAACUGUCUAAUUGUUGCCUCUUAAUUUUAAGCAAAAUUCACUCAAUGUUGUCUCCAGACAUUUAUGUUAUAUGUGUAGUUCUGCAAGACUACUCACUGGGCAUCAUCCACAGGAGAGAAAAUAAAAUACUGACACCUGUCCAAGCAUGAGCACCCCUGGUCAGCACCCUUGUGUAAUUACAACUAGCUCUAAUGGUUAAAAAUGAUGGUCCCUGGUCCCUACAGCAAUGCGUAUUCCUCUUCAUAAUCUUAACUCUCCUGAGUUACUUUAUUCCUCAUAUGGAGCUGCCACGCUUUCUUUGUCAGAAAUAUAAAUUUUAUGUCAUUGCGACCAGUUGCUAGGUGUCUCUCUAUACUAAGAAGAGACCGCUUUUCUUAUUGUUGUGGCUUGCCUUGAAAUCUUUCUUGCUACAUCCCCACAGCAGGCCAUCUGCACCAGUAGAUUGUUAAUUAUUGUGUUUUAUAGUCUAUAUAGUGCCGUUUAUGAAGGCAGAAACACAUUAAGCCUUUGAGUUAAAGUUUAUUGUAUCAGAAUACCAUUUCAUAUCUCAUAUUGCCAAUAAUAAAUCAUAAAAUCCAUAUUAUCAUUAAAGAUUACAUCGCAUGGGUUUAAUUAAGAAUGUGGUAACUUUUUAGAAAAAUCAUUUUCCUGAAUUUUACCAUUUUUUAUAACGGGCUUUUAAACGUAAUGUGCCUUUAUAGCUGAAACAGCUAUUUAAGUUUGGAUUUCGAACAAAUAAUUAUAAACACUGCUUGAAAUGAAUGCCUAUAAAACUAGAAUUUAAUGUUCAAACAACAAUUUAGUUCUUCAGGAUCUCAAAUCAAUUGUAAAAAAUAAAUAAAUGGUGCUGAUUAAAAUGGACCAUUUGCAGUAUCAUCUCGAUAUGUGACCAAUUAGCUACACAUAUAUAAUGAGCCAGCUUUCAUCUUGCAUUUUACACCUUGACCUUCUCCCCACUGGAAUGUGUUUUAUAUUUCAUUUUGUAAGUAUUGAUAGAGGGUGGGGUGUGUGGGGGAUCUGCUGAGAUAACCAGUUGAUUAUCCCUAGUUGGAGCAGUCACUUUGUUUUAAAAAAUAAAAGUGAAAUGUUUAUACUUUGUCUUGGCUUCUGCAUUUACAUUUGCCAAUGUCUGUGUAACAGUGUUUUAAAAUUGAAAAGAGCUUUUGAACUUUGAAUGAAAUAACUGACACGAUUCUCCCUGAGUGAGCCCCCUUGUGUAUUUGAAUUAAGUGAUGAGGUUAUGGUGUUCAGAGGUGGAUAUUGGUGACUUGUAAUCAUCCAGCAUCUUCACUCUGUAGACUUUAGUAUAUGUCAAAGAAAUUCAGUCAUGACAUGGUUCAAGUAAGUUGACUGUUUAUUGUGGUUUUGUGCUUUAAACCUUUUUAAAUAUACAAAUAGAUUUGUGUUUUUCAUAUACAAUAUUCAAGUUUGUGGUAACAAAACUGCUGAGAGUUUUAGCACUGUAUCUGUAAUUGUAUUCACCUUUUAUAUUACUUUAAAUAGUUUUUACUGAAAAAUGUGCUAAUGUGGCAUUUUUUUCUUUUCUUGUACUGGUACCUUUUCUGAAUUUUGGUGUGAUCGCAAUUUUUGCUGAUCAGUCAGGAAGAUGACUAGAUAUGGUGUAUUUUUUAAAGUGUAAAUUGCAAACGCUUUUUAUACAGUUUAGAGAUGAUGGAUUCCAUAAUGAAGAGGAUUUAAUUAAAAAAGAGAAAUUUGAGAGAAACCUGCAAAUAUUUCAUGAAAAAUCAGGUAGAGCAAGACAGCAGGCACUUAAUGUUAUGACAGAGCAAUCUGGGAAUGGAGCAAUGCUCACAGAAAAAGCUUAAAACAACCAAAUUCAAAUGUAAAGGACGAGCUUGCAUAGGAUAGAACAUAAGGAGAAAAAGAUGAGAUAAGUCAUAGGUCACGGACAUACUGCCUUUAAAGUUGGCAUACAUGUGUUCAAGGCGCAUCAACUCCUGGGUCUCCACAGUAGUCAUCAACUAGUGUGGCCUUUCUUAGUGCAUUCCCGUUUAUUGGCAACCUUAAGGAGCUGCAUGGCUGCUCAGCUCUGUCCUUCCAUAUGCAAGGAGAUAUCAAAACAUUUUUACAGUUUUACUUAUUACGAGAAACAACAGUAAAGCCAAGCAAGUUUUAUUUUCCUAUAUAGAUGUCUUCUAAGCCAUUCAGAUAAGACAUUUGGUCUAGCUUGUGCAUUUCCUCUUUAGGGGCUAACUUGACGUCUUCAUCAUUGGCAUAGUGCAUCUCACGGAGGUAACCCUUAAGAUUGGGUUAUGAGUGUCAAGGUAGGGGUUCACGGGAUGGCUGUGUCUGAAGAAUAGAGUCAGGGUGCCAUUUCUUAGAAUUCACAGUUUUGCUGAACAGUCUUUGAAAAAGGUGCAGCGCGAGUAGGUUCCUUUUUGUGAAACUGUAGAGAGAAGGCUGAAAUCCACACUGUUCCUCCCUGAUUGGCUUCCACAAAUUCCAAAGCAAAUUUGCAUUAUAGAACUGGUUACGUUUGUGUUUUGAGGUAUGCAGUUAAUAUGGUCUACAUCCUCAACAUUAUAAAAGAGUGAAAAUAUGUUUUUAAUUUGUUGGUGGCGGAGGAUCACCACACUCCUAUUGUUCUGGCUGCUGUUUGCACUUUUGGUCAUAUUGAUGUAUCCACAAGUUUUAUUGCUAGUUACAGAAUGUUUCAUAACUCCAGUCUGAAUUCAGUAGCUCAAGAUUCUCCUUGGAUCAUUAGAUAAUUGAUGGGAAUGAUUCAUUUCAGGAGUAAACAUUGGCACUCAGCA